AAUAUAUCAAAAUCUGGGCCAACAUUUUCCCAGCGAGUUAUAUAUUGUUAUGUGGUUAUGUAGCCCUAUGUCUGCAUGUGAGGACUUUUCAUUCACCAGCAUACUCAAAAUUAUGUUCAUUCCGAUGUCUAUAUGAACCAGAUAGAGACUCUAUUUGGAAGAACAGAGGCGAAUAACUGGGGUGGAAGGUAACUCGUGCGCCGCAUGAUAUCUCUUUGCACGUGUGUCAUUACACACUCACGGCGUGUGCCUGCCUGGCCGAGAAAUGCAAAUGAAAUGAGGAUUACGCGGGAGACAAGAGAGAGAAAAAUGUGAGAGGGGAAAAAAGCGACCCAUCGAGUUUGUGAGAGAGUCACUGGGGCGUGCCGCGGACCUCCAAAUCUGUUCGCUUCGGCUUGGAAAGACCGUGGAAACUUUGUCUUCUCAUCUCGUCGCCUGCUCGCUCAAUGUGUUUUGCUUGCUUCAUUGGUAGCUUCUAAACCCAUAAGCUGUCAUAUUGCCUUCAGGUUCGCACGCUGUUCGUGUGUCUGACCAGUCUAAACUAUACAGAUGAAGAUGACUGUAUAUAUCUUUCGAAUUAACUUGAGAUAACUGCAAUACUCGUGGAAGAAUACAUGAUUUAGUUCGUCGGACGAUUCAACAUCAUUAUACAUCAUGGCAUUGGGGUGCGCAGCAGGGUCUCAUAUAUCAAGAUCACAACUCAUUGUAUGUAUUAUCGGAUUUGUGGGAUUUACUUUGCUUGCCCUUGGAGCUGUAUCGGACUAUUGGGUCACUUACGGGAUUACUUCUGCCGUGUCUGCGGGGAGCAGCAAUGGGUCUUCUCCUCCACCUCAGGCAGCCCUACUUCACCGGGAAGGCCUCUGGAGAAGCUGUCUCCAAUACAUCGCUAACAAUUCAACUUCUGUAACAGGACACAUGUGUUUCUUCGGUCUUUCUGCACCUGACUCGCUCUCCAUGUCACAAGGCCUCAACUCACAGACAAGAUAUGAAGUGAGUUUUCUGAUUGCUACAUGGGUGCUGUAUGGCUUGGGUGUGGUCCUGUCGUUAAUUGCUGUUGUCAUGGCAAUAGCUGCUUUGAGACACAAGAAGAAUCAGACGCUCCUGCGAGGUGUGUCGGCCGUGUUUAUCUUAGCAGCUUUGCUUGCGUUCUUGGGCUUGGUGAUCUACGCGGUGCGGACAUCAAAGUUUCCUAAUCAAUGGCCGAACGGGGAUUCUCCAUACUCCUCCUCAUCUCUUGCCUGGGCCUAUGGUAUCUCAUGGGUGGGGUUACUCCUCUGCUUCAUCGCUGGGGUGGGGCAUCUCUGGGUCAUGAGGCGAUAUGAAGACAGUAUGAUUUGAAACCAUCACCCUUGAAGGAUCGAACUCCAAAGACUUAUCCAAUAUUCUGGAUGGUUGAUCAUUAUACCAGAGUUAUAGACGUUAUGUAUUAAGCUUGUACAAAACAAAAACAUUCCCCAGUGCCAUGGUAUUCAUAUUGGACCAAAACAACCCGCUGAAGGUUAUAAUGUUGGUUAGAGACAUGUUGACUGCAUCUUUAAAUCCGAAUGGUGUUUGCUGCACACACUCUAGUCUGUAUGGAUUAUUUAUGAACCAAUGCAGUAUGGAGGGCCGAUUGUGGCAUAAUGCUGCAUGGCCUUUGAGUCGGGGCCACGAGGUUGUCUCUGGCUCUCGAGUAUUAUGAUGGAACUUUUCCUAUAGAACAAGAUCCUGUGAAAUAAAAUAAAGAUGAAUGAAGGCGGAAAUUCAUCUAAUGUACUAUAUGUUAAGGAAGUCUAAGAUCUACAUUUAAGAUCCGAUUUUACUCUGCAUAUGCCGCAAAUAAGAAUCGUGUAAAAUGUGUCUAUUUGCAUUCAUGUUCUUACCUAAUGCAUUUCAAAAUAGGUGAUAUUUUUAAAGCUUUUGUUUUAAACUUGCAUGCGAUAAUAUGGAUUAUUUUCAUUUGCAUUAAAAAGGCGAUUGAGCUGCUAUGCUGUUCCAGUUAUACAGGACAAUGAUGAUAUAGAAGUGUAAUAGGCAUUCAGUCAUUAUAUCACAAGUCACAAUACUGAAAGGAAAAAUUGUCGUAAUCUCGCUCAAGGAGUAUUUUAUUGAAGGCUUGCGCAUAUUGAGCACUAUAUCAGAAAACUGCUUUAUUAUACCGACAAAUUUAGACCAGCUGCUAGUGUUGCAAAAAAAUGAGAGGCAGAUUCUGCUCUGCUAAAAUAUUAAGUGGAGGUUAAAUUUCUUAUUAUUUCAUCUACAUAGAUAUAAGAUGAAAUCACACAAAAAUGAUGUCUUCCUUAACGUUUACAAAUGAUAAAAAAUAAUAGAACAUCCAGAGCAGGCCCGUUAUUGAACAUAAGGUAUUAAUGACGUUAUGACCUUUACUGUGUAUUUAUUGGGAAGUAAAAAAGAAGAAUGUUAAAUUUAAAAGACGCUUGUAUGAGGUAUUGCAGAGACAGAAGGUAAUUCAAUAUUUUGAUGUGUCAUUUCAUAGUUUCAGACGGUGAAUUCCUAUUGCAUAACACGAUAAAGCCCUUUUUCAGUUUCUGGUUAGUUAAAAUUAUGAUUUGUGGCUCAUGCUGCUCAUAAGACGCCUUUGUACAAAAAAUAAACGCUUUUGUAGAAGCUUGUUUUUAGUUAUAUGCAAAGAUUUUUUAAAUAUCAUUACAAAAUGUAUGGUUUCGUUGGAAUCAGUUUCGUGAAACUGCAUUGUAUUAAGAUAUGCAAACCAUCAACUUAUAACUUCUUACCGUACUCUGAAACCUAAGUUUUCUUUCAUCACGUGUGGGAAUGUAUACGACAGUAAAGUAAGCUUGCUUGUUUUUAGUAUCAGAAGCACUCGUGUCUCUCUACAAUACCAUCUAAAGAUAACCAAUCAUUAUUGGUGUAAAUAUAUGCCUACGUUUAAUGGAAAAAUAUAAUGUAUUAUACAUCCAACAAUUUUUCUAAUUGUUUGUAAAUCAUGUAAAUAAGAUUUCUAACUCAAAUUACUAUGCUCUGCUUUUUCAUAAAAUGCUUUAUAUUGUAUGAUGUUUUUUUUGCUUUUGAUAAUAUUUGUUUGUUUGGGAGUGUUUUAUAAGCUUCUUCGAUGUUGCCAUAUGUAUCAAAUCUCUAUGUUUAGUCCAGUCCAGCAGUACUCCACUGUUGGCACGUAAUGACAUUUCAUUCAGAAAAUGUCCAAUCUUAAUAAUGAUUAGGGACCUUGAUUGGAAGGGUGACGCUGCCGGGUGUGUCUUUUGAUACCUAGUGAGAUUCCCUUCUUUUGCAAGACAAUUCUUAGCUUGAGUUACUUUCUCUUUUUGUUGUUGACCGUUUUAUAAAUAAACUUACAUUUGUAUGCCGACUAUAAAUCCUAACAGUUAUACCUCCAAUUUUAACCUUGAUAAAUGCAAGCCUUGAUUUUUUAUCUAAUUAUGAUUUGCUUUUUUAUUUUUUUAAAAACCUUGUAUUCAUUCUUACUACUUGCUAUGAAAGCAAAAGUAUUCACAACCCGAGAACUAAUGCAUUUGUUUUCCUUCACAAAAUGAAUUUGAUACACAUUGUGCCAGUUGUUUAGCAAUGCUUGAUGCAGUGUAUGUAAUGCAUAUCGACGUUAAAGAACAAAUCAUUUAGACCUUCAGUUUUCACAGCACAUCAUUAUACUAUUAGUAGUUUCAUUUUUUUUAAUGAAACAGAGCAUGUGAAAUCUGUACAAAAACAGGUGCAAAAAAAUAUAUUUAAGACUAUCUUGUUUUACCCAGUACUGAAACCAUGUCCAUUCAUGCAAGACAUUCCAAUAUUUUCUUAUUGUGUCAUGAUAAUUCUAAGCAUAAUUAUUGUCGUAUUGCUGCACACAGUGAAUAUGUGGUCACCUGUUGUCUUAUCAUCAUUCCUGUCCGUGUCCAGACUGCAUGCUCAUAUUAAUCAUACAGGACCAUGAACUAGAUUUCAACUCAAGUUCAACAUUGAUAAUUCUGGUGGUAGCUAUGACCAAAUGAAAUUGUAUAGUUGUGAAGUACUGUGUAUGAAUCAUGCGCAGCUUUUCAUCAUGAUUAUAUUCGUUUGCAAUAUAUUAAGUUUCUAAUUUAGAAUUAAUCACGUUUCUGCAGUCUAUUAGAAAGUAUUUCCCAAAUUGAGCUAGGAAUUUUUAUAAUUGCAUGUAGCUUUUUUAAUAAAAUAUAAUUGUUAAGAACCAAUUUCAUACAUGCCCGAUUCGGAUGCAUGAAUUGCUUUUCCGUGACAGUAAUUAUAAUACUAAUGUAUUUGUUUGGCGCAUUUUACAUUUCCAUUUUCAAAUGCGCUUUAUAAUAAUGUUCUUAACAAAAAAAAGGGUGAGUUUUGACAUAGUUUUUUAAAGGUAUUGAGCGAUUCCACAUUCCACAGUCAUUCAACAGUUAGAAAGCAUAACAUCAUUGCAUUUUGUUUGUUUUUCCUUUCUGUAUAUUAUAUUCGUCACCGAGAAGUCUGAUCGUAACCAUAAACGUGGCCAAAAUGCACACAAGUCUUGUGUGGACGACAAUAGCA